UGCGAAGGGUAGGAAGCCAUUUUCAAGUGUGUUACUACAGUGAUCGGAAUGUGUGAGUGCGUGUAUUUUUCAUGGAGUGUCGUGUCUCCAUAGAACAUCCUCUAACGCAGUGUUUAUGUGUGCAAGAAGACUGUAACGUACGUGGAAUCUGUGAUGUUCCUGUGGAAGCAGUGGCCAGGAUGGUUUUGGACCCUAAGAACAGCCACAACGAUUAUGGCAGUUUCCAUAGUCCUGGUGUUCAAGGAAGCCCACAUCACGCUAUAGACGUAGAAAGUUCUUCUCAUCAAGUGAAUGAUGAUACUACAGUCCUUCACAGCGAGAGUGAGAGUUCCCGCCUAGCUCCUGAUAUGACACAGUCUGAUCUUUAUCAGCGACAGCCCCUACUCCCACCAUCAGCAAAAAAUGAUUCGUGGUCUGGGAGUGGGAAAGGCAGUGUACUCCAUUCACCAUCCAGUGAAUACUACGAUGUGGAAGAUAAGACUGAGGGUCUGUCCAUUCACAGAAAUGGUAGCCUUUCAAAUGGCAUCGUUAAGAUCGACGUACCACCACCUCUCCGUGAAGAACCUAGGUUCCCAAAGGAGAAAUGGAAAACAUUUGUUGCAUUUCUAAUGUUAGUGGUGAAUUUCAUAAUCACCACUGCAACUCUGGCAUUGGUGCAUGAACGUGUACCUGAUAGAGAUAAAUAUGGACCACUACCAGAUAUAUUCCUGGAUAACGUCAAGGCUGCAGAUUGGGCCUUAGAUGUGUCCGAAAUCCUUAUUAUGAUCUCUACAAACACUGCUUUCAUAGUUCUUAUCUUCCACAAACACAGGUAUAUCGUGAUGCGGCGUGUCUUCAUGAUCCUUUCCUUGUUGUACCUGCUGCGUUCCAUCACGAUGUUUGUGACAGUCCUUCCUGUAGCCAGCACAACAUAUUACUGUUCACCUAAAGCCAAUGCUACAAAUGGGUACAUAGUGGCUCAGAGGGUGUGGCAGUUGAUAUCUGGUUUUGGGCUUUCCAUUAAUGGAAAGCACACCUAUUGUGGUGACUACAUUUACAGUGGGCACACUGUCAUUCUUACCAUGAGUUACCUCAUUAUUGCAGAAUAUUCACCAAAGCGCUGCUUCCCCGUUCAUUGGAUUUCGUGGAUUGUUUCUGUCGUUGGGGUUAUUAUGGUGCUUGUUGCUCAUGGGCAUUAUGCUGUUGACGUUAUUAUAGCGUACUAUGUUACUACAACUUUGUUCUGGAUGUAUCACACUUUGGCAAACAAUGCUAAUUUGAAGCAAAAUGGACCAAACAAUUUCCUUGCAAGGUUGUGGUGGUUCCCAGUGUUCCGGUAUUUCGAAAAGAAUGUCGGAGGACCAGUUCCGCGGCAAUAUGAGUGGCCCCUGCCUUGGCCGAGAUGGUGCCAUGGCAAGCAUCCCAACAGGAACAGUUAGUGAUUACUACAAAACUGUUUUGUAUACCAGUGUGCUUGCAUUGUUUCAUCAUGCACAAUUCAGGGAACAGUGUAAAUUUGGUGAAAUAUUUAUUUCAACUCAACGGCUGGAAUACUUUAAAAACAUUUUAUAUGUGAGAGAGUGACUUUUUAAGUGAAAGACUGAAAACGCAAAGGGAAAUAUAUAAACAUGAGCGACAAGGAUUCUAGGAACAUUAGUAUUAUUCGGCAGUAACUGGCUCUUGUGUACUGUUCCUGUAUAUUUUGCGUGUGCCGCCGUGUUCCUAUUUUGUAAUAAUUUAUUGAAAUAAAAAAAGAAAAAAAAAACUGUUAAAUGCAGAUACAUGAGGGGGUAAAGAGAGUCUGUGUUCAUGUUUGUUACAUCGAAACUUGGAGGGGGGUAAACUGCUACUACAAAAAUAGUGUGUGUGUGUGUGUGUGUGUGUGUGUGUGUGUGUGUCAGGGGAACUGUAGUGUUCGUGUCUGUGGCGCAAAAAGAGUUGUGCUACUUUGUUGUUGUGAUAGCAGAUAUUUAUUUUAUGCUCUACCAGGGAGAUGGAAGGGAUACUGUCUGUAUUUGUUCAGUUUAUUAUACAUAUUGCCUUAAUAAUCAGUUUCAUCUUUUGUAAAUUUUAUGUACACCAAUACUGAGAGCAGCACACAAACUUAUGAGCAUCAAGAGGGGGAAUACAACAGUGUACAAAUCAGUUUUAAUUUAUUACAUCUAGUACACUUCCUGCACUGCGAUAUUUUGUGACCUUUAAUGUCGUGGAACUUUAUAUAUAAUUUUUUUUUUUUUUUUAGUGUUUUUGCAGCUCAGUUUUCCAACAAAUGUAUAUUUUUGAGAAAUUGUAUUUUCAGUCUUAAUAUAGUGUGACCACGAGUAAAUGUUCGGCAAAAACUAUUGCACAACCAAAAGUAUUAUCAUUAAAUAAGAUAACUAUGAUAGUUGCACUUUUAUUUCAAACAAAACUCAAGAGUGUACUCCAUGUAAUGGAAUUUGUAUUGUGUGUGUUUUGGAUAAAGGAAAUAACUUCCUUUUCAUUGUAAGAAGCUACUGAUACACUUUAGUAACUGUGCCAAUUAUUCUGCAGUGGUAAAUGUUUGCAAUUAAGAAAACAAAUAUAUUUCAAUAAAAUAAUAAGAGUGACUUUGACUUACAUACAUAGUGGAAUAUUUAAGAUAAAAACAUACAUAACAUAUUUCAGACAGGAUGUGAUGAAGAUUCAGUCAGUAAUUUUUGCCCAUUUGGAGUACAUUCUCACUGCCAUUACCUGAAUGAUUAAACUUCAGUUUCACUUCUCUGGCUGUUCGCUCUGAGGUUUGUCCAUUGGCUAUAUUAUGUAUGUGAAUAGCUUUUUUAAUGUUUUAAGUUGGACAAGGACUGAAUUUAUGGUUUGAAGGAGAAAAAUGGCUUUUAUUUUAGACUGCAGCUGAUUUUUCUCUCUCAUCACAUCAGCUUUGCGUUUGUAUCGGCAUUUCAUAGCUGUCUUAUGAAAUUAUCAAAGUUUAUUGCCAAAUGGUUCUAAAUAUCUAACAUGUUUGUGUGUGUCUCAAGAUGGUGUUGCAACAUGUGGUGAUAAUAAGUCUACACAUAGCUUGGUUGAACUAUCCUGUCUAUGUGCACAGUGCUGACAUAAUCACUGUUGUAAUGGAGUAUCACUGAUUCUCCUUAAACUUUAUUUUAUCAUUAAGAAAUUUCUUCCAAAGAAUAAUCUGAAAUUCGAGUUCUUGAACUUAUUAAAGGGCAGUUUAUCCCUUUGAUUAGUAUAUUUCUGUAGAAAUUUGCUAUUUUUUUAUAAACCCAAACUAGUCUAGAAUUUUUCAUUAUGUGGAACUCCACGUCUGUAUAUUAUUGGACUGGAGAGGAAAAGCUUCCAUCAGUUUCUUUUAAGUGUGUCUGUGUGUACUGAUUUACUUCUAUUGCAAAACAGAAAGAAGCUAUAAUAAUAUGCGAGAUGUAACGUCCACACUUCAAUUUUUUUGUAGUGCAUUUGAUCCUUGGAACAUCACCGAAAUCGUACUCCCUUCUAGCUGCUUAUCAAAACAGUUAAAAAUGCAGAAGAGAGCGAGUAAACUCAUUUUCAGUUGCAGUUUUCUGAGAAUUACUCUCUUAAACUUAUUAUGGCUUCUACGUGUUUUAGGCACAAAUAAUACUUAAAAGUAACAGGUGGCAGUUAUUUCUCCAAGUCUAGACUAGAAUAAUUAUGUGUGCCUUGCAAAUACUGUCCAAACAGAAAUAAAAACCUUUUUCUGACUAUCAUUUCUGAUAUUUUUUGGAACAUGAAUAAACAGUUAUAAAAUUUU